CUCCGCACCAGACCAAACAUCUUCAACAACAUCUAAAAGCUGGUGCCGCAAACAUGUCAAUCACUCACACUGUGCUCUUUCAAUUCAAAGCCGAUGUCGACCAAGACGACAUCAAAAAGACAUGCGAUGAUUUCCUCCAACUGAAAGACCAAUGUAUACACCCUACAAGCAACAAGCCUUACAUUGCGUCACUGCAAGGCGGCAAGGAUAACUCGCCAGAGGGGAUGCAGGGCGGGAUAACCCAUGGAUUCGUUGCGACCUUUGAGUCAGCAGAGGAUCGUGACUACUACGUCAAGACUGACCCGGCUCAUCAAGCUUUCAUAGCUAACGUUGGUGGUCUUCUCGAGAAGGCCAUUGUGGUUGAUUUUACGAAUGGCGUUUACUAGAGUCGACCGGGAACUUCGCUACUAAAACAAAACCUAAUUUGACCUUCAUAUAUAAGUGAAAACCAAAUGGAUACAGUCUCUUUAUUUCAAAUAGCCAAUAAUACAUAAAGCCAGGAUACUCCAGUCAAAACCAGUAUGCAGACAAAGGAAAUAACAAAACCAGCACGGCGCCCACUUCAUCUCACGAUACAGAGUUCACACAGUCCUUCUCCGUGAAUUUCUUGCAUGCUUCCAUUCCCAGAUCAGCGCAAUUGCUAGUCUGUUAUUCACUUUUGAGGGA